AUGUUUGAGGACAUAUCUCCGUGGCCCUCGCCUCCUGGCUUCUUCGCAGGCGAGUCCGCACACGGGGCAUCCCGAAGAAUGUCCACGCUGCCCCCGGGCCUGGUCGAGUUUUCUCCGCUCCUGUCGCCUUCCUCCGCUCCUCUUCCCCACUCGCUCGCGACUCUGACGGGCCAUCCUACCAAUUGUGCCUUUCCUGCCUCUUCUUUCUCUCCCGAGAUAGGAGCAGGGCCAUCAUGCACACAGGGGAAUUUGGCAGCCCGGCAGAGACUCCAGGAGAUAAAAGAGCUCGAUCUGCUGCAAAGAGAGGAGAAAAUCCAGCGUCAGCUGACGCUCUUGCAAGAGGAGCAGAGACAGAGAGAGGCUGCGCAGGAGAGAGGCGGGUUCUUGGGGGAAGAAACUGUGCUGCUGGGAAGAAACAACAAUGCUCAGAGCGGAGGGGCGGCAGACUUGGAGAAAAAGCAGAAACAAGGAGCAGCUGGAGUAUGCCCUCCACGUGGAGGGACAGAGGCUGGACCUUCCAAUACUUCUAUUAGUGGCUGUGGUGGGGAGUCGCAGCGAAAGAAAACUGGAGACGACAUACGGGGUGUGUCUCUUGGCAGGGCCAGAGAUGACCAUACACAUGCGGUGGGGGAGGUCGAGAAUAUACAGCAUUGCAGUGACGACAAGAACAGGUUUCCGUCUAGACACUUUCCCUCGUUGUUGGAUUCCCUCAACGACGACCCUUUGCCGCUUUCUUAUCUGUGUGGCAACAGCUCCCUGUUCCUUUCGCCUUCCUCGCUGCUUUCUCUGGGAUUUCUGGGGUCUUCUGGGGGUUCCCCGACAGAUGCCUGCACACCGAAUCCUUGUCUCGCCUCUGCGCCUCGCGCGCUGUCUUCGCCUCAGGGACCGGAGUCGACGCUCUCCUUCUCUCCGUCCCCGCCAAAGUCUACGCGCUCGCCGACGCUUCUCCAGUGUGAGUGGGCCACGGCGCCACAGCCUUUGUCUCCUUCACUGCGAGGCCUGACUGGUAAGCCUAACCAGGUAGAAGGGAGCUGUGGACCGGCGGCGAGAAGGAGCUUCAGUUGUCGGGACGGAAUAGCCGCUCGCGGAAGAAGAGACUCGAACGGCCUCCAGCGCAGCUCGAGUGUGGCCCCCGGAGCCUCAAGUCCGGGGGCCGCAAUUUUCGAGUUUAGUGCACGCGCGAUCGAGGAACGAGAGACGCCACAGAGCGCAGGUCGACAAGCUCUCAGCUACGUUCCCCCUUCGCCUCAAGCUCGGGAUAUCUGCCCGCCACACAAGCACCUGGCCCAGCAGCUGAAGCUGCGGGAGCGCAAGCAGCAGGAAAGGCUUCAGAGGCUCCAGCGGCAACAACUGAGAGAAGAGGAGAGGAAAAAACCCGUUAAGGAGCGGGGACAGUCCCAGAAGACAGGGGAAGCAAUUCCUCCUCCAAGGGCCGGAAGAGUGCUCUCGGGGGGGGGGCGGGCGCGCAUGCUCGCCACCUCUCCCGGCGCUUCCGGGACAGCCUCACGCACCUCCGCGGCGGCAACGAUGCCUACAGAAAGGAAGGCCACACCCGGCGCCGUCACGGGUGUGUUACUUUCUCUGUCCGCACAUCCAAGUGCGAAAACAUCCGUUCCGAGCCUUACAGAGCGAGCGAGCGACAAACAGCGUACUCCGGGAGUUUCCUGUUCAACUCGCGAAGCUCGUCACGACUCGCGUUCUCGGCGGGUAACCGCCAGGCUGGUGGCACCCAAAGCUGGUACGACACACCACAGAGGUCUCCAAGAGGAUCUGCCUCGCUCGAAAGCGACUUCUUCCAAUGCGCGGCAACAAGCGUCCUUCGCUGUAGGCGAACAGAUUGCGAUGGUGCCACCGAGAACGGCAGGCGUGAAGAACGCCGCAAGCGCUACUCUCCGAAGAAAGGGUGCUGAGGACAAGGAGCGACAGGGUGGAAUUUCUGGACACCUCGUAUCGCAUACGUUGCACCCGGACACGCGCUCAGAGGACAGAUCAGUCUCACCUUUCGUAGGCACAGACGGAGGCACCUCAGCGUUCGGCUCCGCGUCUCUGGCCGACGGUGCUGGGUCCGCAAGAGAAGGAGACUGCUCGAUGACGAAAAGAAAAAGUCGAGAGGUGAAACCCUCAGUGCCCGCGCAUUCCGCUUCUCCCAUUCGCUUUUCAGCUGCAUAUGCGAAAUCAUGUAUCACGCCUACCCGAAGAAAAAACACAGGUAGAAAAAUUGAAGCAAAGACAGAGUCAGGGACUGCUCUUGUUGUCUGCGCCAAGGGCCUACAACGCGCCAAGGGGACUCCCGUGAGGGAGAAAGGGCGCAUCGAAGCAAAUCCAUUCGGAGAAAGGAGGAAAAACGAAAGUGGAAGAAUUAUUCAGCUAACAAAUGUGUCGCCUGACGGAGAAGACGACUGCGAAAUAAGGCUGCGCCAGAUUCUCCAGAAACUCCGCGCCCGGCUGCUGGAAAGAAAGGCACCCAAUGACGACGACAACCACCCAAGCGGGGAAGUCAAGAGUGGCAGAAAGCGCGUGCCGGUGACUGGAGACACAGAUGGACGAAGGACAACUGAAGAAGAGAGUCGUGGUGGCCGAGACGAUGCGCUCCGCUAUGAAGAAGCCGCUGGGCAGGAACGCUAUUCACUCGACCGCAACUCUCCGACUUUUGGUGCUAUACGAGCCAAGAGCGGCGUAAGAAAAGAAGCACGACGUCUCUCCCCGAGUUCCGGGCACAGCGAGCGUGUGGCGACCCACCGAGAACCGAUCUACGUAGAAAAGGAAGCUACUGAACGAGAGACAGCUGGCGCCUGCCGUCGGCAGAGCGACAAGAAGGUAUGCCAAGCCACGGGAAAAGUUCACACAAGAAGCAGCACUAAUUCACGAGAACGCGAACUCAGUGAGACCGACUCCAGCGGCGACAGUGAUAGCAGUGGGUGGAGUGUUGUGGAACAUCUCCGGCGGAUUCUUCGAGGGGAAGGAAAAAAGAGGAGACACGCAGAAUCGGGCGUCUCUUCCACACCUUGCCGACGAGGAAGAGGUCAAGAAGCCCGCAAGCGAGAGUUCAGUCUCAGCAGCAGUGGCAACAGCGUCAGGGCCAGUGGCGGUAGCUGGAGACGACGGCGACGUCGGAGCGGAAGACGCGAGGCCACGCGUCUUCUAAAAAAGGCCUUGUGGCAUAAAGAUGAGAUUUCUAGUCCUGCAAACGCGGAGCGGCACAAGAGGUCGUGUCGGUCGCGCUGGCGUUCGCCUUCGUCUUCACCGUCUUCUCACACCUCCAGCACUUCUCCUCGGCAAUCGAUAUCUUCUCUUCUUUCCUCUUCUCUCCCUUCUUCUGUAAGCUCUACCGUGUCGCCUCGCUCGCGGGCCUCGCCGUUGUCCGCGAGCUUUGCCAGCAGCAUCAGCAGCAGCGGGUCGUCGCCUUCUCUGAUCACGAAGUGGCUCCACUACUCAGCGGCGCUUCUUCAGAGCCAGGGGAGUCUCACUGACAGUGGAGUGACGUGGAUGCCUCCUCCAGAACAAACCUCGUCUCGUCCUGCAACCGAAUCUCAACGGAGAACUCGGGGAGAGAGGUACCUCGAGCUUUCAAAACCUGACCGUGGAAAAGAGACCUCCAAUCGGGCACACAAACAGGGAGACAGGAGAACAAAGAGAGGAGAAGAACGGAGACGGGGACGCGGCUCGCAUUCAAGUUCAUCCCGCAGGCUGCACGUAGCGGAGGGCUCCGUGUAUAAGGCUAAUGUGAUGACGGAUUCAGGGGAAGACAGGCGAGCUGGGGAGAAGCGGAGUUACAACCCACUCACCGAGGAUCCUGAGGAGGUCGUGCGUCGCAUCAAGAAGCGCCUGGGGCUUCCGGUGUCUCCCAGGCGUGAUUCUUCUCAUCCCUCGUCCGUCCACUCCUCGCCUUCCUACGCCUCCUGUUCUCCCGGAGGCAACCGUCAAAUGAAACGCAAUGGAGGGACCGAAAGAGUCGCGAUGGCCAGAGCCGGUAGACUGCAGGUGCGUCUCGCUGAGGAACGGGAGAAAGGACACUCGCUCGACACAGACUCACUGUUUCCCAGUACCGGGAGGGCGGGCGUGAUUCGGGAUCCCAGGGAGCAGCGCCGAGGAAAAAGAGACAUGCUCUUGAGUGGAGACAAAGGUGUGUCUCUCCGUGUCCACAGUUCCCCAAACAUCCAUUCUUUCGAAACUGGCGAGGGCUCCACAGGGAGAAAUGAUGGCUCUCGUACUCCACGAGGGUGGCAGCCACUCUCCAGUCUGUCCCUCUCUCUGUCUUCGUCGUCGGUGACCGGUUCGCCUUCGACGCAAGCCGACACGGGUCCUGGUGCGAAACGAGAGUGCGGACGCGAGGUCGCGUUCCCUGUCUCGGAUCGCCUUGAGCAGGACAAGAUGACUCGCGACCGCCUGCGUCUUCCGAGCUCCGGGAGCCUUCAUCUGUCUCUAUCUGCGUCGCCUCCGAGGGAGGAGAGCACACGCGGCAAGACAAGGAAGAGUACAGACGAGAAAGAACGGCCACAAGCAACUCGAGCGGAGAUUGUCAGCUUCAUUCAAUCAGAGGGGCGAGCUGCGCCCCAGAAAACGGAAGAGAGCCCCCCUCCCUCGGAGAGCCGCGCCGCUCACGAAAGGGUGUCUCUCUAUGAGGAGGCAAAGAAGGAUUCGAAAAGAGAUGCAGACCAACUGAACCUGAGACCCAACUCGUCUCAGUUGAUUUCCUUUUGUGUCUCUGACGAAGAAUCCGCUGGUAAAGAGGACAGGGGAGAGACGCAAAUCCCAACUGGUCCCAGAAGCCCUGCCGGACGAGGCUCCCAAAAGUUGCCUGCAGAGAAGGGACAGAUGUAUCGAGUCAGGGAGCGAGCCUCGAAAGAAGGAAAUAAGCUUCCGUCAGAUCACCUGGCUUCGUGUUCGAGUGUCUCUGGCUGUGACGACCCCGAUGGACCCCUCCGAAUCUCGGCGCUGCUCAAUUCUCUCUCACAGUCGUUUGGUGAGGCGGCAGCCGCGGGGACUGUCUCUAGUACCCCAGCCCCGAAGGAGACGAACUUCGGGGAGUCUUCUCGCAGUCGCAGAUUAUCCCCCAGCGACGCGGCCCAACACAGUGAAGGGCUGCAAGCAAGGUCCCAGGAACGCGACAAGCAAGAGAAGACGAACUCGAUGGCGAGGACGCGAAGAAAAGAAAACUCCCCUAGAAUGAUAUCUGAAUCGUUCAGACUGAAGACAAACGACUUGCAGAGAGAGUGUAUCAACCGCCAUGACACAAUCCCGCCACCCGGCGGAGAAGUGUCAGAAUCGUCAGCGUCGAGAGAGCGGGGUGAAGGAACCUUGGGGGAGGGUGUAGGAGACAAACCUCACCUGAGAACAGAAACGCCACUGUCCGUUUCCUUCGCCCCAUUUCUUCGCGAAGAGAAGGAACUAAGUAAAGAACAAGUGUGUCUCGAAAAUAUUCCAGACGCCGUGGAGAGAGAAAAAGGACUCGCUGCACGCGCGUCGAAGACGCACGAUGUUUCUCUCCUUCCGCAGGCGCGUUGUCCGAGUGCACCAGGGGCUGAAUCUGAAGAGACACACCAGGAGGGAGACUUGGGAUCGACGCUGUCGGCGCAACUCGCCGACAUCCAGCAACUGCAGAGUCUCUUGGCGGAGGCAGAUGCCCUAGAAAGGUCGCAUGCGUCCCUUCUUCUGAGGGGCGACAACGGCGGUGCCUGUGAAGGGUCGGGGCCUCGAGCCGAAGGGGGAAAGGGGGUGAAGGAAACCGACCUACACGAGCCACGAGAAGAGGAAGCAGAGCCCAGAAAUCGGGGAGCGGCGCGCAAUGCACUGAAUCAAGUUACUAUGCAGAAAUGCCCAGAAGGAAGACAAGGAUCGCCUGUCGAGGCCCGCGGAGAAGAUUCCUCUUGUGCGGACGGUCCAUUGCCUGCUGAAUCGCGGCAAGAUGGGAACAGCGACAGUGGCUCUUUUUCUGAAAAGGCUGCGGAAUCAACAAGUCUAAUUCAAGAAGCGAAGGGAGACGAAGCGGGGGGACAGCGAGGCGAGAGUGAAUUGGGGGAACAAGAGAGAGAACAAGAAAGCACGAGCGACGAGUCUCGGUUGGACCGUCAGGCCAUUCCACAAAAUGUCGCUCUCGCACAAGUUGAAGAAGCGAGAAGUUUUCGUGUAGACGAGAACCAGAGGAAAGAAGAGAAACUUUUGCCGGAGGCUGAAAGCUGCUUGAAAGCCGGAGACGCCUUUGCUCGAAUGGGCGCACCUGGCUCGAGUGAGGGCAGGAGCCGCACGGACCAAAUCGCGUUGCACGAGCGGCCCGUACAACAAAGAGAGGGCAGUGAAGAGAAACACAAGGAAGGAGUAGGCGUUCUGGAGAGCCAGGGACCGGGCUCAACCUUGUCUGAUGUCUCCCACUCCGGCACUCUGCGCCGUGGUGUGGCGCCUCGUGACCGAGGUACUCCCGCUGACGGAUGCGAAGGCGAGGAGAGACAGCAACAGACGGAGAAACAAGUGGUGCUACCCGAGGGCGACUCAAUCGCCCCUGCAAACGGUCAGGUUGGGUCCUUCCUCAAUGAGGCUGUGCACGAAGAGCAACAUCUGCCUUUGGCGGCGACCGAGAUGGUCACGAGCUGCGUAACUGGCAGACAGAAUCUUCCAGGAGACAGAGAGAGCGCCGUCAUAGAGCAGAUAGCAGAGAGUUAUUCACAUUUGUCUAACGCCACGAGCCUUGUAGAGACAGAUCCGACAAAGCCCAAGAACCCGGCUGUGGCUGCGGGUGCUGCAUGCAAAAGUGUGGAAGCGAAUUCGACCGGGGCGUCUGGUACGAGUUUCCAAGCUGUCCAGCGUGUACAGAUGUCUCAAUCGGAAAUCGAGAAGAGGGAGCAACCGCGAGAACAAGACGAAGCAAAAGAGACAAGUGGGAAAGAAGCGCGCGAAAGAAAUGACUGCGAUGCAGGUAGACACAGGGGUGAGGCGCACAGGGCGGCUCCUCCGCACUCGUCGCUCUUACCCAUGCUCACGAAUCUUCUUCAGAAGCAACAGCCCCUUCUCAAGACUCUACUGGACCAUUUACAGCAAAAUCAGGACACAAGUAACUCCACAGAUGCAAAGGCUAUGCCAGCCGCUGCUGGCCACACAGCUGACGUUCGGAAGUUCCGAGGAGACUCGUCUGGAAGGAUCCAGAAAUGCACGCAGGCCAAGCCAUCGAAUGCUCACGAGCAGACCCUGAUUCUGCAGGAUCGCGGGGUUCCCCACACUCUCAGCCUGAGAAAGAACACCCGAGCGCUUCAGCUGACUUACCCUUCUCUCUUCGUCAUGCAGUCGCCGCCCUCAGGGGUGUGCAUCCACCUUGGAGGGGCCGCUGGAGAAGCCUCUCUCAGGGAGCACGCUUACUGUGAAGAAGAGCGAAACUGUCAGAGCGGAGUCGCAGAGAAAGAUAGAAGCCUGGUUUCUGCACUGACUCACCAGAGGGUGCAAGAAGUUGCAGACGGAAGGGCACGAGACAAUCCGGCCGUAAAGAGCGCUUAUGCCAAAAAGCAAGAAACACAAAGUUUUCACGUGAAAAAUGGAAAUGGAUCGCAUCUCACGACAGUGACAGCGCUGGAAGAGCCGAGGAACACAAUGCUAGGGAAGGGAAGAAAAGACGCAGUGGAGAAAGAGGAACCACAAAACAUUCGGGAAUCGCGGGAGAUACAUUGUGUGUCGCUCGACAGAGAGCUGGAUGAAGGACAGUCGUUUGGCAAGGAACUUGCCUCCGACGAAAACACUAAAUCUGAGCAAAGUGAUACGGAGGGUGAGGAGGCACCGAUGCAAAUGACAGAGCUUGAGCAUCUCCUUCAGUGCAUUGGAGCUCUACAAAGCCUAGUGAGCUCUGGAGUGUUGAAGAAGAACGGGCGGGCGAGGAAAUCUGAGUUCAGCGAGUGCGAUGAAUCACGUCACAGAGAGACAGACGAUCACGAUUGUUACACGCCGUUGCCCCGAUUCAUCUUUGAUUUUGAAGGAGGGGGGCGGGAACAGAAAAUCCAUGUUUUUGGUGGGGGAAAGAGCUUAGAAAAACAGGGUGUUGGCAAAAUGCCAAGGCCAGCCCAGGGAGUCUUGAGAGCCAGAGAAGCAAGCAGCCCCCCCACGGUGGAGCGUCGAAAGUGGGAAUCCGAAGAUCUUUUUUCGGAUAGGGAAGAUAAUCGCCUAGAAGCCUUUCUGGAAGCGAGAAGAGUGAACCUUGACAGAGAUCUUGGUUUCAAUCUUCUGUUUUCGGGGAUGGCACACGACACAGACGUUGAAGAGAGAGAGCUCAUGGAAAUCCUUCGUCUAGUGAAGCGAUCCGGGAAGGGAAGGAACACGAACAGUUGGAACCACAAUUUUGGGUACGAACAAUGCAGCCAGGAUCGCUGGUACUCUUGGGGGGGAGAAGAAACGUACCGUGAGCAAAGACGGAGACUCCACGAGUUCGUGCAGCGAGAGCUACACGGUGAAGAGGACUAAACGAGCGCAGAGCACGACGC